AUGAAAAGAUGCCUUCUGGUACUAGUGCUUCUUGUGUGCAAUCGGGAGAUAGUUUUUGUCGAAUGCAACGGGGAGAUAGUUUUUGUCGAAUGCAGUCGGAAGGGAGCACUUCUGCGGGGUCUGGUCUCACGCCUCAGGAACGGGAAGACUCAAAAAGGAGUAGCGUCAAUACUUCUCAUUAAGGCUACCCUUGAAGGACCCUCAGCAUCAUCCUUGGCUUCCUUUUAGAAAAUGAGCCAAUGCAGAUCUGAAUGAUUUUUUCUCAGAAUAUUGAAUAUACUAGUCAACGUUUUCGUCGACAACAAAAAAUAUUCUUUCCGAUGAAUGUAUGCGACAGCUCUAAUCUCAGUCCGGACGAAGUUGGGAGACGACUCGCGUACUGGAGUUGGUCAUACGCGCGACCCAAGGUCAAGCACGACAAGGGGAAGAUGGGCAAGGUACUUCUUCUUCGAAAAAGAACAACACAAACAUCACAGAAGUUCUUGAGGAAACCUCCAGCACUCAAAAGACAACAGAAGUUCUUGAGGAAACCUCCAGCACUCAAAAGACAACAGAAGUUCUUGAGGAAACCAGCACUCAAAAAACGGGUGAUGGUGAGGGAACAACUGCUAAAAGUCUGAUCAACAAAGAAUUUCCAAAUGGUGCUGCGACGAAAAAAAGUAUCGUUGUUGAGACUCUGACCCCUGAUCGCAAAUUUAUUGUUGUUACUGACGCUCUGGGAGAGGCCGCUGAGGAGGGAGCUGAUAAUCAAGUUCGUGCUACUCAGAACGUCAAGCCUGUUCUUGGAUUGCUAAGUAGAACUGGAGCUGGUCACGCAGCUGAGGAUGUUCUCGUACAAACGGAGUCUUCAUUUCCAGGCACAACUAGCAGUGACGUCGCAGGCCUACAGCAACGGCUUCUUUCUGCUGAAGGUACAACGCCAGUAGUGAGAAACACAACAGGACAACGGCAGCUUCUUUCUGCUGAUACAUGCGGAGGAACGAUGACGAACGAAGACGCGCAGUCGGGAUCCUCGUGUGCGUGGUCCAACCAAGCCGCCUGUUCGGACGAUGAGGAUGUAGUUAGGCCCACGAUUGGAAUGAGUGCGCUGCACGCUUCUUUGCUGUUUGCUGAGCAGCCUCAUCUUCAGGGUGGAAACGUGCAUGAGCUCCUGCCACAACUUCCUCACAUGAACCUAGCAGCGGAGGUGGAAGAAGGUCUAGAACAAGCUCGAGCACGAGGUCUAGAACAAGGUCUAGCACGAGGUCCAGAACAAGUUCUAGAGCGUCAAGUUCUAGAACAACAUCCGUUCAUGGUCGCAGACGAUUGUUUAGAAGCAGCCACUCUCGUCAUCCCAGAGAGCGAUGGUCUUGCUCCUAGAAGGCAUGCCAUUCGACUGCGCACCUCAGAAUCUGGACGCCAUAGGUACAUCGAUGGAUCGUCUGCUUCGAGCGAAUCGCAGGAAAGAAAUGAGAUUGCUCAACAAACCGACAGUGAUGAUCUCGAUUUUUUCGAGGCGCCUCCUGUUGCCCUCCCACCGGCAGAGGAUGAUGAUGGACGAGGCCUCCGCACUCGUCAGCAUGGCCUCCGGAUUCCUCAAGAUGACCUCCACACUCGUCAAGAUGGUCUCCGGAUUCCUCGACAUGACCUCCGCACUCGUCAGCAUGGCUUCCGGAUUCCUCAAGAUGACCUCCGCACUCGUCAGCAUGGCUUCCGGAUUCCUCAAGAUGGCCUCCGGAUUCCUCAAGAUGACCUCCGGAUUCCUCAAGACGGCCUCCACACUCGUCAAGAUGACCUCCACACUCGUCAACAUGUCCUGCACACUCGUCAGCAUGGCCUCCGGAUUCCUCAAGAUGGCCUCCACACUCGUCAAGAUGGCCUCCACACUCGUCAAGAUGACCACCACCUACGUGAUGCCAUGUUUCCUGGUCGUAUGGAAGAGGAAGAUUUCCACCCCUCUUUUUGUGACCCCCUUCAGCGACGAGGUUUUCUCGCAAUUGCUUCUGACCAUGCGCCACAACUACAAGGAGAUGAGAUCAGAGAAGCUGCGGAUCCAUUUGAUCUUGUACUACAGCAGCUUGCAAUGGAACAGCUUGCAAGUCAGGGAGAAGGUGUAGUACAACGUAUCGCGGAUCGAGAGGUGGAACUCCCAGAAGGCGAGAGGAGGACUGCAGCUUGUAAAGACCGAGGCGAGCAGAGCUGCUUAUUGUUCCCUCAUUAUAGUCCUGUCAACUACAGCGAGGAUGACAAAGCUCCGCUCGCAACGCCAUUUCCAAGUGGUGACAUUUACUUAAGGCUACUACUUGUAGUUACCGUAGUUAUUCAUCUAGAAGUAGCUACUUUCACUUCACUCGUCAGCUCGUUAUCGUAAUUAUUCAUCUAUUCGAAAACUCAAAAUUAUAACCGAGUUACUGUUACUGAAUGAAAUAAGGGAGCUAGGAGCUCAACGUCAAGGCUACUCUUCCUUCUCGUCAGUAUCUCGGUUAUUCUGAUCAGUUACUUGCUUAAGUAAGUAGAAAAACUCCAGCGGAAUCCUUAUCCUACUCUUUGGCCUUUACUCCUACCCCUUUUCUCCAAAUGAUCAAGAUGAUUUGUGUUCAAAAAGAUGAAUAGUAGUACGGGCAAGCUUUAAAAAACAACCCAAGGGGGCGACAAGAAGUUUUUUGCGGGGCUACACGACCGGAUCAAGAACCUCGUCGGACACGGAAGCAAGGACCUCCGCUUAGCAAGGACCUCGGCCAACUACAAGAGGAUGACGAAGACCCACUACAGGAGGGUGACCCCAGUAGUUCUUCAGCGUGGCUGCGGGACCAUGAGCAUGAAGCCGAAAAACAAUGUGACCACCCAUACCUCCAACUACAUGCUGUCGAUGAUCCUAUGGCUGCUCUUUACAGGAGAGAUCUUCACAGAGAUCUUCCUGUGGAGUCAGAUGAUCCCGAAAACGAAGACGCCCCCCCAAGCGUGUUGUCACCGCGUAUGCGCUCCCGUAUAGAGAACCUCCAUAGACGAGGAAACGACACUCUUCCCUCAGCUGGUUCUGGGUCGGCAAGCGGUACUUCAAUGUAGAGCAUGAUAGUAUCUAAUAGUAGAAGAAUUGCAUUAUGUCUAGAAUAUUAUUCGCAUAACAUCACGGAACUGAUGUAACGGUAAUCCUUGAUUCCUAGGUUCCUGCGCAUCAAGCUCUGCUCGUGCAACUUCUCGAUAUUCUGGUGCAACAGCCUCUACUGUAUUGACUCGUGCAGGACACCAAUAUGUAGGACGAACCUGUACAACUCCUACGCCGCAAGGUCGUGCGCAUGCAGUGGAAUCAUAUCACAGCGCACACCAAAGCGCAUCACGAGGACAGGGUGAGCAGCAGCAUCAAGAUCCGGCCCAUCAUCUCGUUAAUUAAGGCUACCGCUGCAGCAUCCUCAGCAUCAUCCUGGGCCCUUGUUCCACUUGAGAAACGGGCCACGGAUGCACCCAGGGAUGCCAUCAACGCGGUAGCUCUAAGUCAUCCCUAAGAAACACGAAGAGCCCUCGAUUGGACAGGAAGAGCGGAUGACAAUUAGCACUCGUCAGGAUAUGAGUCCCGAUGAUAGUAAGAGUCUUCGUCACGACAGUCCAACUCGUAGUGGAGGUAGUACUCGCCCCCGUGAGACUCCAACUCGGACUCGUAGUACUCGCCGUGAGACUCCAACUAGUACUGGAGGUAGUACUCGCCCCCGUGAGACGGCAACAUCUACCUGUCAGCACAAUAGUCCAACAUCUACUUGUCAGGAUCGUCCAACUACAAUGAGCAGAGGAGCGAUUCCCUUACGAUCAGCAGGAGAGAGGCAGGACAUCACGCCUGGAUCUCCAAUUUGCAAGGUGGAGGAAGGAAGGGAAAGCGCGUCCGCAAGUACGACAGUUCGGAGCUCGACAGCAGCUUCGAGUAAGUAGCGCGGUUACUUCGCGUGCUACUUCUCCUGUGAUGCAUUGGAGAUCGAUGACCUUGACCUCAUCUCCAUGAGUGAUUUUUACAAACGGACAAGAACCUAUUCGAUCGAGCUGCCCGUUUGAUAUAUAAUGUCGUAGAUCAACAAAUGCGAGACAAAUAUAUUUUAUAGGAUAAUUCAUAGAACGGGUGUAGGAUGGAACUUGGAUGGAUCGGAUGGACGUGGACCCCCCUUAGUCUUCCGAUCCUACUUGAAAUGAUGGGAAGCCCAUCCGUUCCAUCCCAUCCUGGAUCUGACACCCAUGGGAAUUAUUAUAAUAUUUAUAAGGAUGCCUUUUGAUGCGUCAACUUUCCGCCACUAAUGUUGAUAUUGCUUCCAAGUCUCCUGGAACUGCGCGAUUUUCAAGCUCCUCUCGUGGAAGGAUUAACCCUCUAGAUCGGACUGACGAUUAUACCUUAUAAGUGGUGGCUAAGAUCUCGAGCACACUUAUUACGAGUGGUUAAGAUCAUCUAGAGCACACUUAAACACCGUGACUAGGUGUGCAAAGGGAGAAAAAACGACGCGUCAGAGAACAACUACAGAUCAACUAAUGCCACUAGAUCAACUACUUAAUAAGUAAAAAAAUAGUGAAGCACUUAUAGUGCCUCACGCUUGGGUCGUACAGUACUUGUACUACUGCUGGAGCCGCGAUCUUCGCGGUGGCUCGUACUUACUUAGAAGAUGAUCUUGGCUAGUAUCGAAGUAUGUGUAUGAUCGAUGUUAAGUAGAACUAUGGAUAGGGUUCCUGACUCAAACGGAGAACUAUGGAGGGGAGGGAGUUGGGUUCGAGGGAGUGCCCCCCCGACAUAAAAAGUAGGAAUACAAUGCAGAUAUGAUCGAAGGGCAGUAGGUAUCAUUUCCUUCUUCAUGUAGUGGAGAUCGAAUAUAGAAUUUCGAAAAAACUAAAUGAAAUUUAUCAUUAGUAUUUUUUAAAGUGUUGAUGUUUAUUCUAGCACGACUUCGUGUUUAAGUUAGUAAGUAAGUAGCUGCUUCUUCAUGAACUCUGGAGUAAACCCAUAUCGUCGAAGGCUCUUCACAACUGCGAAAUUGAAGGUAAGGCGCUUUUCUUGGCGGUCAAUUGAGGCGAUUUUAUUGUAUUGUACUAAGGCAGUGCGCGGUACUUUGUGCGAGGUUUAUUGUGUUGUAUGCUAGUCCACCUCCUCGCGACAACAUCUUAAUAAGGCCACCUUAGGAUUUACGUUUGCCUUCGGGCUUCGGCUUCUCUGUAGUGUUUAGGCAGAGAACAGGUUCUCUGUGACUCAUCUCAAAUUGUCUAUCUCCUUCCUAACUUUCACUGGCACUUAUCUCACGCUUCCUCCGUUAUUGUAUUGUAUGGUGACAAUGUAAAUAAGACAAGACCCUCGAAGGUGGUUGUAAAGAGAUGAUCGAUUCUUUGCUUAAGAUCAUGCGCUAUUGGAAGACUGAACGCGAGGCAGUAUUUGUAUUACCUUUGAUUCGUCUAAGCAGGUUGACACUGACCUUCUCAUGGCAUGGUGGGUGGGUCUACUCGCCGCCAGACACACUGCAAUCAUUUGAAUUUCAUAAUGACUAUAGAAUGAAUGGAAUAAAGAAGGUGGAGGUAGAAGUAAAGUAUAAUGGAAGACUAUGAGUAUCAAGACUCGCUUGGCGAGGAUAGAUCUGAGUAAAUAAGUCUUACUCAACAUGCUUAAGAAAAAAUAUCCGGGGGAUCCGUUUUUUUGCCAACUCGCUUAUUCCAGUUUUUCGAGUAAAUAAGUCUUCGUCAACAUGGUUAAAAAAAAAGAUAUUCAAAAAAGUCAUCCUCUGGCUCUGUCGUGUCCUUUGUUUUUAUGAUAUUACGCAGUGAACCUAAGAAAUAAUUCAGUGAUUUUACGCGCGGCCUUGUGGCUCAGAGCUGUGAACGCUCAACCUUCUUCAACCUUGGGCAGCCUGUGAAUUUGAAGGGUGGAUGUCGUUAGAAUAAGUAAAAUAUCAUUCUAAAUCUAGUGUAGGACUAAAAAUGCAAAGGCAGCGUCUGUGAUCAUUUCUAGUCCUGCAGCUAUUGAUUUGUAAUGCUUGAAGAUAAUUCUUGUUCUUCUCGAUGAGAAAUGAUAAAGCAGAUUUUGAAUUGUAACUGUAAGAAACUAGAACCGAAAAGGAAACGGUGGUCGACCUUUAUAUCGACUUAGUGUUAAUGUGUAAAUAUAAAAGACUCACUCGUCGUCGUCCUCGUCGUUUGAAAUUCUUCGUGAGUGACAGCUGCUAGCGGGUCGCUCCGAUUGAUCAUGAUCCACCGGUGGAGUUAAAAACAUUUCGGAACAAGCGGAGCAGUAGUAAAUUAACAUCAAAAGACGAAGACCAGUACAAGAAACGAGCAAGAGCGUUAUAUUAGUUUAUGAAAAUAUAGGAAUAAGGUUUAGCACGCAGUAGUUUUUUUUUUGAAAUAGUAAUAGCGCCUUUGCGCCUUUGUGCGUCCUCGGCUUAUGCGACUCCACGAGCGUGAGAGAGUAGUGAAGCUACGUCUUCCCUGUUCAACGUGCUCGACAAGACUAAGAUCAUGGGUUUUUGGCGCAAGUCUCUCUGCAUACAUUUUGAAAUAGUCAUAGAUAAGAACGCUAUAAUAGGCAUAAGGUUUAGUAGUAGUGUUUUCUUGUGAGAAUUCUAACGGUACUUAGAAGAUAGCGAAGAGAAUACAUAUGGCAAACGCAAAGAAACUGAAAGGAUCACGAGAAACUUCGAAGGCACUUCAAUCUUCGGGUCGUGCUUUUGUGGCUGAGCAGGAGAGCACCCGCGGCUUCUUUGUCUCCUACCUGCUGUAGUUGUAAGACAGUACAGCGAUAUCUGUGAAAUGUUUGCUUUCUCUGCGCCCACCGCUGCUGGUGCGUCGAAAAAAAAAAAAAUCGACAAACUUGUAAUUGUAAUUGUUUUCGUGAAAUC